AUGUACAAAUGUUAUAAGGCUUUAAUGGAAUUAAAACGUGAACUUACUCCCAUUGAAUCAUUAGAUUAUUAUCAAUGUUUAAUUAUGCUUAAUAAAUAUACAAUCUCCGAAAAAGAAUUACCAAAAUUAUUAUCAGACGGAAGAAUUAGAACAGAUGAGAUAUGGUACCUGCUUGCUAGAGCACAGCGCAAAUGCAAAAAAUAUUCAAAUAACUAUAGAGAAAGAAUAAAUAAUGACAACUACUCAAAAGCAAAGAGAAGUGUUCAAAUAGCAAUUCAGGUGAAUCCUGCUAAUGAAAAAGUAAUAAAGGAGCAAACUAUAAUAAGCAAACUAAUAGAACGAAAGUCACGAGAAAAAAUAACUCUAGAACAUAAUAUAGAACAUAGAAGACGUGCUGAUGAUUGCGAAUCAUAUAAUAUUUUAUCUAUCGAUGGUGGUGGCAUUCGUGGAAUAAUGGCAGCUAUUUGGUUACGUGAAUUAGAACGAAAAACGAAGCGAACCUGUUCGUCUAUGUUUCAAAUGAUGGCUGGAACAUCAACAGGUGCUAUUAUUGCUGCUGGUUUAUCUGCACCGAACAUUAAUCAUCUGACGAAACCAGCUCAUGAUACUUCGAAGUUAGUUCAACUCUAUAAAACUUGUGGAAAACAUAUAUUUAUCAAAAAGCCGCGUCAUCCACUAAAUCCCUGUAGGAGUUCUUUAUCUUUAGCACCUAAAUAUUCCUCUGAUGGUAAACAGAACUUAUUUGAAUAUUAUUUUGGUAAAACAUUAUUAUAUGAAUGUUUAACUGAUAUCGUUAUACCAGUUGUAAGAAGUGGUGAUACUUAUACUCAUUUAUUUACAAGAAAUGAUGAUUUAUAUUCAACAUGUUUAGUGGAUGUUUUAAUGGCAACAACAGCUGCACCUACUUAUUUCAAGCCACAUUGUUUGAAUGGCAUAAACUACAUUGAUGGUGGUGUACAAAUGAAUAAUCCAACAAUGGCUGCAUAUACAAAAGCUAUUGAAUAUGGUUAUAAGAAAGAAGAGAUAUUUGUAUUAUCAUUAGGUACAGGUGAUUAUAUAGAAGACUCAUUGGUUGCUAAUGAACAUCCACAUAUUAUAUAUUAUAUGAGACAUCAUGAUCAUGUGGUUAAAGUUCUUCUUGAUAGUCAACAACAUAAUGUGGAUUAUCAGAUGAGCAUUUUAAUGGAUGAUAAUAAUUACUACCGGUGGCAAGUAUGGUUUGAAGAAUCUAUUGAAUUGGAUAGAUAUGAACCACAUAUAGUGGAUAAACUGGAAGAUAUCGCAUAUGAAUAUUGGGAAGAAAUGGAAGUUCAUGAUAAUAACAGAUUAAAUAGAUUGAUUACACGUUUAAAAGAUGAAUAA